GAGAGGCCGAGCGAGCCGGGAGCCGCUCCGCGCCAGCCUGGCUGCAGCCGCCGCUCCCCGAGCGCAGCUAUGGGGCUGGAGACCGAGAAGGCGGACGUCCAGCUCUUCAUGGACGAUGACUCCUACAGCCGGCACAGCGGCGUGGAUUACGCCGACCCAGAGAAGUUUGUGGACUUGGGCCCGGAUCGUGAUCCCCACAGGCUCAACUCACAUCUCAAGGUGGGCUUCGAGGACAUGAUUGCAGAGCCUGUGACAACUCACUCUUUUGACAAAGUGUGGAUCUGCAGCCAUGCCCUAUUUGAAAUCAGCAAAUACGUGAUGUACAAGUUCCUGACUGUGUUCCUGGCUAUCCCCCUGGCCUUUGCUGCAGGAAUUCUCUUUGCCACUCUCAGCUGUCUGCACAUCUGGAUUGUAAUGCCUUUUGUAAAGACCUGCCUAAUGAUCCUGCCUUCAGUACAGACAAUAUGGAAGAGUGUGACAGAUGUUGUCAUUGCCCCAUUGUGUACAAGCGUGGGACGCAGCUUCUCUUCUGUCAGCCUGCAACUGAGCCACGACUGACCACUUGGACCUCAAGUCUACAGAUUUGGAUACUGUAAUACUUUUGUGUUAUUACAUAAAAGCACUACUGAUCUGUUCAUUCCCCAACUGUUCUAAUAAAGAAAACUAUUAAGAUGGGCAACCACCUUUAGAAAUGUUUAUUGGGAGAUCUUUUCAAAUAAUGCUUUUCUAAUAAUAACCAAGGAUUUUAUACUUAACAUUAUAACCAGAAUUACACAGUAGGUUGGCAACACUUCAUUUUAAAGGCAGUUUUUGUUUUAUUACAAAAGUUAAUAUUUUGUAAUGAUCAAGGAUAUUUUCCUCAAACAGUACAAUAGUUUUUUGCACAAUUGUUCAAAAAGUAUGAGACUUAUUGUUUUACUCUGAAAGUAAUACUUUUAAAUUAACUUUGCAAAUAAAGACAUAGGAAUACGAGAGACAUGAAGUGCAAAGAUCCUAGAAAUUGUACUACCAAAAGUAUCAGUGGUGAUAAGGACUUAUCAAAUAUUAUAAAACAAAUAAAUGUGAAACUAGAGUCUGAAAAAAUGUGUUCCUUUAAAUAAGGCAUUGUUAACCUACAGGUCUAUUUAACAAGAUGUUUCAUUUUACUGUAUAUUUUGUAUUUAAUGUAAAUGUUGCUCUAAUCGAUUGCUUUAAAGCACUUUUAUUAUAUUUGUUAUCUUGUUGAACUAAUAUAAUGAGUAAAUGUAUCUCUCUCAAGGAAUUUCAUUGGUAUGAUUGCACUGUCUUGAUUUAGUAAGCAUUCCUCUCUGGGAAUACAAUGUAAAAAAAUGAUACGCAAGGAUUAUUUUCUAACUUUUCCAAGCAAUAUCCUGAAAUGUUUUUGAUCUUACAUUUAAGAUAAGAUAGCUGUGAUCUUUACAUAAUACAAAUCUAACUGGUAUUUUGUCUAGGAAAUGCUUUCUCUCUUAUUGUUAGAAAUUACACCUGUAUUUUGCAUUCCUAUUCAUGUUUCACUCUACCUUAAAGUAAUACUGGUGCUAUUUAAUAACAUUUUACAAUAGGCUAUUCCUAACACUUUACUACAAUUCCAAUUACAAUGAUUCAUAAAGAGAGAUGUAUGAGGUUGUCAACUUGUUGGGUCCAUGCUACUGAAAUAUAUACAUAAAUUAAAAAUUAAUAGCUACAAAUGUACAAGAUGUUUUCUAAUGUGGGAUUUGUUAUACAAUAUAAAAUUGUUCUUACCAUUUUUGAAGGUCAGUCUUAUUUCAGUGUUUUAUCACUGUUUUUUAAAAAUAAUUCAUUAUUCCAAAAUGAGAGGCAUGUAUAAAAGAUGCCUAUGAUGUCAGUGUUUACUAUAAUUUACAUAUCUUGUAAAAUUGUGUAAGUGUUCAAUAGAACUACUAUCAGAACCUGAAUUAACAUUCCUUUGAAUGCCUUCACAGAAGAAAAAUUCUCAUUUAAUAAAGGUUAAUUUUAUUAUUUGAAAUUGAUAGGACUGGUGAAUAUAAAGGAUGAUUGAACUGGAAUACUAUUGGGGACCAAAGCAAAUGAAUGCUUAAAUUUUGAAAUAUAUCCUUUUGAAGGUAGCUAGAAAAGAGACUUUUCAAAACUGCCUUAGGCCAUUGUAGCAAUCCUAGAAAAAACUUUCAUGACCAUUAUCUUAAAGCAUUACCACACAAUUGUAUAGAUUUCACUAUGUUAGUUAAAAAGGUCUACCAGUCUCAUGACUUUAUAAUUAUAUUUUAUAUUUAGUGCUUUAUAAAAAAAUUUUGUCUUAUUGACUGAUAAAAAAUCAACUAAUAAAAUAUUUAAAUAAAUCAUAAACUUCUAACUUUUGAAUAGUCAUUGGCAAGUUUUGAUGGCAAAAUAUAUAGACAUAAUCAUAUUACAAACCUAUUAACUUUUAAUAAGUGAUACAUAUACUUUACCUAUUUCUGAAUAGCAUUGAUUACUUUCAAAAUGAAUUUUUAUUGAGUUUUGUCAUUAACUGAAAUUUUGUACCAUGCUGAUCUGGGUUUCAUGUGCAAACAUGUUAGUUCUUUUAUUUGGGGAUGUGAAAGGGGUAGAUGAUGAGGAGACUUUCUCAAUAUCCAUAAUAAACCUGAAAACUCAUAAAAUGUUUCUAUUGCUUUUAUUACAUUCGAUAUUGAACUGGUAAAUAAGAAGCCAUUUCAAAUCUUUACAAGCUAUUUUAUUCACAAACCUUCUACACUUCAUCUUUUUCAUGCAAUAAAUCUUGUUAAU